AUGAGGGUCAUCUCCCCCAACCGCCUGCCACUUGGUGCUAGUAAGUUCUUUCCAGACUUGCCCAAAGCCCAUACGGCCCAGGAAGCAGUCCAGAAAGCGAUUAAAUUCUUCUCUGGCCUGCAAGUGGAAGAUGGCCAUUGGGCCAUGGAGUGCUCUGGUGUCGUUGCUCUUGGACCAGGUUUUUUGAUGUCAUGCUAUGCUGCCAAGAUCUCACUGCCAGAAGAGGCCGAGAGAGAGCUCCUGCGCUACAUCCUCUCAAAACAGCUUCCAGAUGGGGGCUGGAAUUUCCAUCUUACAGAACAGUCAACAGUAUUUGGCACAACCUUUAGCUACAUAGCUAUGCGAAUCCUUGGACUUGGGCCUGACCAUCCAGAUGUAGUGCGGGCUCGGAUAAAUCUCCAUAAGAAAGGUGGUGCUCUUGGAAUCCCUCAACUGGGCAAAGUUUGGCUGGCUACUAUGAAUUUGUACAGCUGGGAGGGAAUGAAUACACUGUUUCCUGAGCUAUGGCUGUUUCCUACAUGGCUGCCGGGACAUCCCUCGACAUACUGGUGUCACGCUCGCCAUGUCACCCUCGCGAUGGGCUACUGCUAUGCCACUCGCCUGACUGUAGAAGAAGAUGAAUUGAUCCAGAGUCUAAGAGAGGAGAUUUAUGUAGAGGACUUCUCCACCAUUGAUUGGCCAGCCCAGAGGAACAAUAUUUACGAAGCCGAUUUGCAAGCUGCACACAGCUGGAUGCUGGAUGCUGCUUUUGCUACCUUAAAUUUGUAUGAGAGAUACCAUUUCACCAGUUUCAGAAAGAAAGCCAUCGCAGAAAUGUAUGAGCAAAUCAAGGCUGAUGACAUAUUCUCAAAUGCCACCAAUUCUAGUCCGAUUUGUAAAGCAUUUCAUGUGCUAAUAAGACGGCAUGCUGAUGGAGCCGAUUCUCCAGCUUUUCAAGAACAUAUCUCCAGGAUCUAUGACUACCUUUGGAUGGGACAAGAUGGUAUGCUAAUAAAGGUCAUGGGAUCACAGACCUGGGAUACAUCAUUUGCCAUUCAAGGCUUCUUGGAGGCUGGGGUUCAGAACAAUCCUGACUAUGCAUCCUGUCUGAAAAAAGCCCAUGAAUUCUUGAAAGCCUCUCAGAUUGUAGAUAACCCACCUAACUACCAGAGAUAUUAUCGCCAGAUGAACAAGGGUGGAUUCCCCUUCAGCAAUCGAGAGAAUGACUGGAUAGUCAGUGACUGCACUGCUGAGGCCAUGAGGACAUUGAUGCUACUGGAGGAAAAAUGCCCCUUCAUAGAAGAUCAUGUGGCACCUCAGCGCCUCUUUGAUGCUGUCAAUGUGAUUCUGAGCAUGCGAAAUUCUGAUGGUGGUUUUGCUUCUUAUGAAACCAGACGAGGGAGUAGGCUACUGGAGAUAAUGAACUGCACAGAGAUGUAUACUGACUGUAUGGUCGACUACACCUAUACAGAAUGUACUUCAUCCAUAAUGCAGGGAUUGAAACAUUUUGGGAAAAGAUUCCCAAAUCACCGGGAAGAUGAAAUCAGUGAUACUCUAAGUAAGGCUUUGCAGUUUUGUCGUAAUAUGCAGAAAGCUGAUGGCUCCUGGUUAGGGCGAUGGGGCGUAUGCUUCACAUAUGGCACCUGGUUUGGACUAGAGGCAUUUGCAUGUAUGGGAUACAUCUACCGUGGUGGGGAGGCAUGCAAGGAAGUGACCAAAGCCUGUGAAUUCUUAGUCUCCAAGCAAAUGGAAGACGGUGGCUGGGGAGAGGAAUUUGAAUCCUACAGGUUUCGCAAAUAUAUUCAGCACACCGUAUCCCAGAUCCACCAUACCUCCUGGGCUCUGUUGGGGCUGAUGGCUGUUAGAUAUCCUGAUGUUCGGGUUCUGGAAAGAGGAAUACAAGUUUUGAUUGACAGACAGACAUCGAUUGGGGAGUGGCCUCAGGUGUGUUAAUACUUUUAAUUUCUUUUCCUAAUCAAAUAUCCUCAUAGCAAUAUAAUUUCAAGGUUCACAGAAACAGCAUAUUUCAGCCAGCUAUGAAAUGGAUCAUGUUCUCCAAAUAUAUGUAAAAUGAAUGAACGAACGCAGAGCAUUUUCCACCAAGUACUGAGAGUGGGGGUGGCUAAGUUGU